CGCGGCCAACGCGGCGGCCUCCGUACGGCGGGAUGGCGGCGGCGCCGCGUUGCGGGGGGCGGCGGCGGCCCGGAGCCGUCCUGCUGCGGCUGCUGGCGGUGCUGCUGCUGGCGGGCGCGGUGGGCGCCGGGCAGCGCUCCAAAUGGCGGCUGCCAGUGCUUCUGGGGAAGAAGUUUAACUUUGGGAAAAUUCUCUUCAGCAACACCACCAUUUUCCUGAGAUUUGAAGGCGAUGAAAAAACUUGUGAUCCUUCCUUAGGUUUCAAUGUUACUUGGUACUUAAGAUAUUCUGACUGCUACAAUGAAGUCUUCAACUUUGGGGAUGAACAAGCAGAUAACUAUUUUGGGACCACAGCUGAAGAGCAUCCGGGUUGGUCAGGAUACUAUGCCACUGCUUCUCUUCUCUUUCCAAACUGCUCUGAGCUCUUUAGGCCUCAGAUUUUCUAUAAAGAAUUUGUUCAUCCAGAACCUCUCUCACCUGAGAAACAAGAGGGCUUAAAAGAUAAGAAGGAGAGCACAGGAAAUCACACCAUGGUGACAGAUAAAACUGCAAUGAAUGCUGUCAUCAAAACUUGGCGAGAUGGGCCAUAUAUAUUUAUUGUGCAAAUUGGAAGUACAACUGCAAAGGAUUCUAUUACCAGAGUUAAAAGAAUGGAGAGGACAACACCUUCCUCAUAUCAAAAUAGGCUCUUUACAAUGACAGUUGAACUGAAGGGGCCGUAUGAGUAUCUCUCACUUGCAGACUAUCCUCUGAUGAUUUUUUUCAUGGUGAUGUGUAUUGUGUAUGUAUUCUUCGGAGUUCUAUGGCUUGCAUGGUCAGCCUGUUACUGGCGGGAUCUCCUGAGGAUCCAGUUCUGGAUUGGUGCCGUUAUCUUCCUGGGAAUGCUCGAGAAAGCAGUUUUCUAUGCAGAGUUCCAGAAUAUUCGCUACACGGGAGAAUCUGUUCAAGGAGCAGUAAUACUGGCAGAACUUCUCUCUGCUCUGAAGCGAUCGUUGGCUCGAACUCUGGUCAUCAUAGUCAGCUUGGGAUAUGGGAUAGUCAAGCCUCGCCUUGGAGUUACUCUUCACAAAGUUGUUAUGGCUGGAGCUCUUUAUCUAUUAUUUUCUGGCAUGGAAGGUGUUCUUAGAGUCACAGGGUUUUUCUAUGACACUGUGGCUCUGAUAGCAAACUUGGCCCUGUCCAUGAUUGAUGCCUGUAUUAUUUUGUGGAUAUUCAUCAGCUUAACUCAAACAAUGAAGCUGCUAAAACUUCGAAGGAAUGUUGUGAAACUCUCUUUGUAUCGGCACUUCACGAACACGCUCAUCUUGGCAGUAGCAGCGUCUAUUGUAUUUAUCAUCUGGACUACCAUGAAGUUCAGGCUGGUGGACUGUCAGUCGGACUGGCAGGAGCUAUGGGUGGAUGAUGCCAUCUGGCGUUUAUUGUUUUCAAUGAUCCUUUUUGUCAUCAUGAUUCUGUGGAGACCAUCUGCUAACAACCAAAGGUUUGCUUUCUCACCACUGUCAGAAGAGGAGGAUGAUGAUGAGCAGAAAGAGCCAAUGUUAAAGGAAAGCUUUGAGGGAAUGAAAAUGAGAAGUACAAAGCAAGAACCAAAUGGGAAUGUAAAAGCAAACAAAGCUCAAGAAGAUGACCUGAAGUGGGUAGAGGAGAAUGUUCCUUCAUCAGUGACAGAUGUUGCUCUUCCAGCUCUUCUGGAUUCAGAUGAGGAAAGAAUGAUUACACACUUCGAAAGGUCCAAAAUGGAAUGAAGGAGUAGCUUUUUGCUACUGGAAGUGGAGACGCCUCUUUUAAAGUUGCUUGGUGGAGCAAGUGCAUCCUGCUGAUUUGUUUGUUGAUCUCAGCCUUGAAAGUUUGAUGCUUUACUGUCGUGGAGGGUGUCUUGCUGUGGAAGAAGUUCACAAGGACAUUAUAAACCUUUUGGAAAUUUGAAUUUACAAAGUUGCUGCAAGUUUGGAUUUUUAAGCAAUUUACAUAUGUACUAUUCCAGCACCUUCUGUAACUUUUCAAAUAUUUAAUCUGUGAAACUAAAAUUCCUAAUGUCUGUUUGAGGAGUUUAUAUUUCAGUGUUACAACUGACACCUAGAGGUAAACUGCCUGUACCUUUUUGGGGGGAGGGUGGGGACAUCUAGAAGUAAGCACUGAAGAAACAACAGACCCAUUUACUGGUAGAUACAACUGCUGUUGUAUGUCUUGUGCCCAAUAUGCAUGAGAGGGUUUUAGAGAGAAGCUCCUGUUGAUGAAGAAAAUUAAGACGCCAGAAUGGAAAUAUUUGGAAAAGUUACAAUGAUAUGAGUUUUUAACAAAAUCAAGUGCAAUUUUAUUCAUAACACUGUGUAUGAAAGAUUUUCUAUUUUAAAUGCCAUUGACCUAUAGGUAACAGCUGUCUAGAGCUAACACUUGCUGUUGUGGCACAUCUCAUUGCCGGCAAUGUGGUGGAUGCCUGGAAAAAUUAUUUGCCCCUACCUUUCAUGUGUUGCAUGAUUUAAUUUAAAACAACAAACAAAACAACACCACCAAACAUCACCAAACCCAUUCCUGCAGCGCUCCAAAAGUGCUUGACCACAUGUUAAGCAGAUAUUAACUAGAUGACUCAGCACAGCUCUUCUCCCUUUACAUGUAACAUCUCCCACCAAGAAGUUGGCGCUCUUCUACGAGAACAUGGCAUUGCUUUCUAGAGGGUGCAAGCACUGCCUACCUUACUUGAAAGAGGCUUUAUGGGGAGUCCACAGUGCUGGGAUAGUUAAGUUCCCAGUGUCUGUUUAGAAUUGCUUCCCAUGUAAGUGAUCUGAUGAUGAGCUUUCCUGUCCCAAUUGGUCCUGUGGCCAAGAGGUACUCUGAGAUCACUGUGUUUCAGUCAAAGUUUCAGACUCCUAUAUAAUUGCAUUUUGUUUCUCCUUUUGAGAUUAAAAAGAGCAUUUGGUGUUCUGUUUUUAUUUUUUGCUUGGCUGUAACAGCUACACUUGCAAUAACUUCCUCAUGGAAACCCACUGUAGACUGUAUGCAAAAUUCAGGUUCAUAACCUUUACAGCUGAUGAUUACCAGGUAUGCAGUAGCUGGACAGCUCAGGAGCAGAUGUGGCUGCUGCUGGAAUGGCAUAGGGAGUAAGCUUUUCUGGUUCUUCACUCAUAGCUAUGACAGCAGAAAUAAACAUGUGCCUGUACUUCAUUCAUUCCACUGUAAGGUCUGGUAGCUUAGCUGUAGUUCAUCUUUAUCAGCAAUUCAAGCUGAAAUGUGGCACUUUACAGUAGAGUAGCUGAGGCACAAGGACAUAGUGUCUUCUGCUAGGUGUGCUGUGGGGCAGUGAACUCUCAGCAGAUGGGCAGAGAAAAAAAAACUGUGGCUAUAGCACCUCACUGCUUCUGCAGGAGUUGCUGGAGCUCUUCUUUAGAUUACAGGUAGAAUCUUUAAUUAAAAAGUACUUCUAAUUUGCUAUGCUUAAUUGAUAUAGAUGAAAAAAAUGUUACCUCCAUGUCCUUUUGAGGAGAGGAAAUUUUGUGAAAUAAAGCUACACAAAGCUCGCUAUUUAAUGGGGGGGGGCGGGGUUCUGUUUUGAUUUUUUUUUUUAAGUCCUAUUGUUCUGGGUUGUUUGGGUUUUUUGAAACAAAUAGGUAAAAAUGUUCUCUACUGGAAGCACAACAGUUUGUAUGUACUAUUUAAUAAAGGCUAGGCAAAGAGGAGAAAGGCUUAUAUUGUGUCCUUCAACUUUCUUACUACCUCUUGUCUCACAGGAGGAAGUGUUAACAUCUUCACAAAGCUCCCUGAUUUUAGCUCUUUACUGCGCAAUAUUUAUAAUGCAGUUAUUCCCAACAGUUCUUUUUUUCUUGUUGAGCUUGACAAUAGAGUGGAAGUCUGUCAUUUGAAAAGCUAAUAGAGGUAGAGCAAAUAAUAAAUUUCUGAACAAAAGUAAAAGAUCUAAAGUUUCACUACUUGUA